CCUAAGCCCAGCUCCACAUUCUCAGUCGAUCAGAUCUCUCAUACAGUGCGGUGUUCCAAAAAUAAAAUAUAUAUCCAAAAAUAAAAAAGUUCUUACUAUUUUUCUCACUUUUCGAUUAUAAAACUAAAAAACCAAAAAUGAAUUCAAAACUUUUCUUAACUUUCAUAUUUUUCGUGAAUGUGAUUCCCCUUAUCCUGGGCACCUACGAUCCCCUGCUGGAUGAUGAACUCUUCGGAGAUCUCAGCUUGUAUGCGGAGGCAACUGGUGGUGUAGGUGGUGUUAAUGGUAUCGGUUCCAAUGGCGGAGGCGGUAUCAGUGCCGCCAGCGGUGGCGGAGAUGCUGGUGGUGAUAUCGACACCGGCAUUGGCACCAGAGGCAAUGGCGGCAGAACUGGUGGUGGUGGAGGCGUAGGAUGUGGUGCGGAAGUGGAAUCCUCUUGUUCGGGCAAGACGAACACCAAUGACAAACAGGGAUGCGGCAUAAAUCUAUCGGAUCCCAAGCAAAAGGCCUCGAAUAUUGCCCAGAAGGCGGCCCAGGAGGCCAAGGCCGCCAGCGAUGCCCAAAUGCCGGCAGCCGAGGCGGCUGCCAUGCAGGUGAAGACCGAGCUGGCCGACAAGGCGUCCCAAUCCGCUCGAGCGGCUGAGGCGGCACUGGCGGGCAAGCAGCAGAUUGUCGAGCAGCUGCAGGUGGAGGCCAAGGAGGCUAAUGCUGUGAUCCUGGAGGUGACCGUCUCCCUGGAGAACACACAGGCCAAUGCCAAUGCGGCCACAUCGGCGGCCAAUGAGGCUCAGGCCCAGUUGACCCAUCUCCGCACGCUGGCCGAGAAAAUUGCCGGCAAUUUGGCCAACAUCAAGAAGGUGGCCAAUGGGGCCCAGGCUCAGUUGGCCGAACGCACCCAGCUAUUGGAGGCGGCCAAGAUGCGUGUGGCCAAUGCCACGCGCCGUGUGGCCGAUGCCCAGGCCGAUUAUGACAAGACCAAGGAGGCCGCCUCCAGAGCUGUCUGUGCCGCCAUGGAGGCCAAGCAGAAGGUAUCCCAGUCGCCGCGUGGCCGCAGGACUCUCGGCCAUGAUCAUGGUCGCAAGGACAAUAUUGGCAAUAGCGUCAAAAUGUCCAGAUACUAUUAACUUUGCAUUUGCAUAUUUUGGCAUCACUUUAAUGUUUCAAAUUCUAUUUGGUGUUACAUUGUUUUUCGUUUUCGGUUUUCAAAAAUUUGAUUUACGUUUAUAUGUAUUUGUAUCGAUGUCGAUAGGGGAUGAGUAUCCAUCCAUCCAUCCCCUUUCAAGACUAGUAUUUAUAUCGAUGUCGAUAAGGGUUACAAUCCCUAUAAGCCCUAAGCCCUAAACUAAUUAAAAACGGAGCCAAAUAAAGGGUUAAUUGUUGUUUAAAG